AGUAUGAUGGCGGUCCCAGGUGGACCGAAAGUCGCUCAUUUAAAAGAUGAAACCAGGAACAAUCUGGUGGCCAUUCUGGAAUCAGUUCCAGAGAUGAAAGACCUUGUCAUUGAUCCGCAAUUGAUGAAACCUUUAGAUCACUUUACAGGUGCAUCUUUUUUAAAGGAACAUGGUGUUGACAAGAUAUUUAAACUGGAAAAUAAACUUGAAGUUGGUGGAGACAAGAGAAUCUAUUUGUUGAGACCAGAGCUUUUACUGACCAAAUUUGUUGCUGAUCACAUAAAUAAUGACAAAAAGAGUGGGAGAAACAGGUCAUAUAAAAUUGUGUUUGUUCCAAGGAAGUUGUACUCAUGUGAGAUGAUUUUGGAGCAGGAAGGAGUGUAUGGAGAUGUAUCUUUUGAUGAAUUUCAACUGGGAUUUAUUCCUCUUGACAAAGAUGUACUGACAUUGGAAAUACCAAGCUUCUUCAAAGAUUAUUUCUUGGAUGGGGAUCAAACAUCACUCUCUUUUGUUGCUCAUUCUUUGCUGAAUCUGCAGAGAUGGUAUGGUACAAUCCCAAGUACUUAUGGUCUAGGAAACUGUGCCAAGAUGGUUGGUGAAUCAGUUAAAAACAUGCUGGCUGAGGAAGGAGAGUAUAAACCUGUUGAUGGUCCUGAGAUAGGAUCCCUUAUCCUUAUUGACAGAGGAGUGGACUUUGUUACACCACUCUGUUCACAAGUCACAUAUGCAGGAGUUCUUGAUGACACCUUUGGCAUCAGAAGUGGUGUGGUGGAGUUUGGUCCAGAAGUCACUGGUAAAGAUCAGAAUGCAAAGAUGUUAUUGAAUGACCAAGACUUGGUUUUUUGCGACAUUAGAGAUCGUCAUUUCUCCAAUGUGUUUGGGUAUCUUAGUCAAAAGGCAAAGGAUGUUCAAUCUGGAUAUGAUAAACGACAACAGUUAUCGACUGUAAGUGACAUGAGGCAGUUUGUGUCUUCUGAGCUGAGAGGACUGAGACAGCAACACAAAGGUUUAACUUUACACAUUGGUGCUUGUGAAGUGGUGCUCAAAACAAAGACCAAGGAGAAUUUUGAAAGGCGGCUUCGAGCAGAGCACAAUAUGUUGGAACUUAUAGAAGAUAAGGAGGAUAUUGACUAUACUGAGGAGAAUAUUAUCAGACAGAUGACUCCAUUUAAAACACUGCAGCUGUUAUGUUUGAUGUCUUUAACUCGUGGAGGAAUUGACCCCAAAGUGUACCGUAGUCUAAAGCACAAGUUCCUUCAGAGCUUUGGACACGAACAUAUGCUUACUUUUAAUUCUCUCAAGCAACUAGGGCUUUACACUGAGCCUGAUAAGAGGAGUAUCUUCAAGACGCUGAGUAAACGGCUUAGUCUGGUGCCGAAGGAUGUUGGUAAAAUUGAUCUCAAGAAUCCUCAGGACAUGUCGUAUGUUUUCAGUGGUGCUUACACUCCUAUUUCCUGUAGGCUGAUUGAACAGGUCCUUCAGAGUGGUAUAUCAACAUUUGAAGAGAUGUCCAGAUUACUGGGUGUAGAGUAUUUCUCGUCAAGAAUGACAUCUUCUGUAAGAUACUCUAAUACAAAUGAUUAUCCAGGAUCCAAAUGUGUACUGGUUAUGUUCCUCGGUGGAUGUACCUUCUCGGAGAUUUCAGCGCUCAGGCUUCUGGCGUCCAAGUUAGAAUAUCGAAUAAUUGUGGCUACGACAUCAAUUGUAAAUGGAACUCGUCUAUUGGAGUCUAUCACAGAAGCCAAACGUAGAUAGAACUCUUUGUAUUAUACGGGUUUGUUUCACUGAGCGUACCCCAUUGUCACUGUCACAGACAUGGCACCACACAAAGCAAAACUUCAGAGACACAAGGAACCUGGCACGGGAUCUUGAAGUGGAUUUACCAGACCUUUCCUUGCAUUUGAAAUUCCAACUAAUGUUGACCUAGGUGAUUCCUCACUUUUGCAAUGCACUUCCUGUACUGCCCAUAACAACCUUUAAAUUGGAGAAAUUUAAAAAAAAAAAAUAAUCGAAAGGGGAAAAAAGACAUAGCUAAAAGCGUACACGAAGCCCGUUACUCGAUGAUGCAAAUUAUGACGUUCAAAGCAUCGACUCGAGGAACGUUUCGAGUCGAUGUCGUUUAUGCGGGCCCCACAGGCCAUCAAGAAAAAGAAAAAAUUCUUUAGUAAUUUGCCAAUCGUCAGUGUCAAUUAAACGACUUAUAUAAUCAGCUUGCUGAUUCGAAGUGCGAGGGAUCCAUUGCACUUCUAAAUGAAUUCCCGAUCGAAUACAAAUAUCAAAAAUCCUUCGGGCCAUUUUAUGCAAAUCGAAUUUCAUGCUGCCCACUUCAACAGUCUUAGCAGCUACUUGGCUAUCUGUAAACCACUUAACGUGUGAUCCUUCCAAUGCUGAGGCAAAUGAUCCUAAUGAAAACUCAAUAACGGACAACUCCCUCCA